GCUCGCCACAGUUUUCCUCAUAGUAUGGACGAAGCCACGGAGGUGACAGGAACUCAAAAAGCCGCCCCGUCUGCUCUCAGCUGGAUAUUAAACGCGACUUGUCCGACAUUGUUUCACCAUUUCUCUUAUUCUGCCAUAACAACGAGACCCGGCUCUGGGGUUCCUCAUCGCAUAGUGCCCUCGCAUGGACGAUGAGGAGGAUGAAGUCUUUGAGCCAGACCCCCACUGCUGGCGCACAACAUUCAGGGAGAUAAAGUGUGAAGACCGGGGCACACAAACACCUGGGCCUGCCCUGGCGCAGAACAACGGCAUGCUGCCCUGUGGAGUCGCAGAGGAGCCCAGACCACUCUUCUACGGCAACGCAGGCUUUCGAUUGCACUUCCCAGCACACUUUGAGCUUUUCGGGGAUCAGGAAGCGAGGAGGCGACAAGAACGGGAAGAAGAGCGAAGCGGGAUGGAGCAGCUUCCCCGGCAGCGGCCUGUGGCGCGCAGUGUGGAGGCCGUCAUUGGCCAGAAACUCCAGCUGAUAGGAGACCAGUUUCACCGGGAACACCUGCAACUGUAUCAUCGAAACCAAAGGAACCGGGGGCCGCUGUGGUGGCGCCUGGCAGCAGCUCUGCUCAGCCUUGUGUUUGACAGGGGGCUCAUUGCUGGAGGAAGAGGAGGAGGUGGAGGAGGAGUAAGACGGAGGUGAGGAGGUUUUCCUCUCACGUCCCUUUUCCUUCAUCUCUGAGACGAACUGGACUCCUAAUGGCACUGUCAAAUAUAACACGGGUCUGUUUUUUUGGGGGGGGGGAUAGAAAGGAGACAAAAAGGUCACCGCGGGACGGAGACGACCAACUUUUAUAAAAAGUCGCAGGUUUUUUUUCUUUCCAAGAAGAUGCCAUGAUGCUCUGAGAUUCCUUCUACAGGACAAUGUUCAUAUUUUCAUACACGUGCGGUGUCGUCGUUUUGUACAGUACAUUGUUCCAGUUAAAUUUUUUGCACUUCGACAUGUAUCCACCUUACAUGACCUCCACAGACCCUGGGAAUGAUGCCUUAUUCAAAUGUGUCCUCUCCCUAGAAUGAGUAUUGAGCAACGUUUGACAUGCAAGACGAGAUUGUUAGGAAGUGUUUUUAUUUCUUUAUUGAAGAUUCCCAGGUGAUCCGUCAAGUUGGUUUACUUCCUUUUCCAAAGAGGCAACUUCUCAGAACAAAGCAUUUUGCACCCCCACCUCAACACAACUUAUCUUUUGUGUUUGUUUUCUUUCUUUUUCUUUCAUUUACUCCGUUAUUGCAUUACGUUUAAAUACGGGAAAAUGGGAAGUGUUUGCGCGUGAAGACGUCUGCACAUUGGCAACUUUAAUCUAAAAACAUUUUCAUUUGCUAAAAUUGUUUUGAGGCAGGAGUUUCUCUGUCAUGUGCUUAAACCAUAACAUCUUUCUUUUUUUUUAAUGGCGUGGAAAGUUUCUAGGCGGAGUGUAAUUAACAUCCCUCACUCGUCAAACAAGCCCGGUGACUGCCGACAACACAACAACACGUCAAUCAGGCGUAAAGCAGGCACUGAUGCUGUCAUGAAUGUUAAGAAAAGGAAGUUUUUCAGUGGAGGGAGGUAAUUAAGUACACCGUCUCAGGCACUCUACCCAGUUUUGAGGUAUUUAAUGCUGUUUAAUUACAGAACUCCAAGGAUUUGUGUUCAUUUGACAGCUUUAUUCAUACUUGUUAGAGGUACCGGGUGUAAAAUUUGGCAACAUUUAGCCUUCAAAUUAUAUAAAAGGUUCAUUCUGAGGUAACAAAAAAACAACAAUUCAUACAAGGCAAUCAUUGUAUACUUAUAAUACAUUAGGUAUAAUUAUUUUAUGUUUAAUUCUGCUACUACUACUUGGAUUUUCCUGCAGAUUCCAAAAAACGCCAUAAAACACGUUAGAAGCACAUGACACAGAAAGCUGUAAUUGCCAUGUUACGGUCGUUUUGUAUUUAGAUUAAAGUCCUGGUGUGCCGUGUUUAUCGUGCGCACAGGAAAUGUUUGAAGGUCUAGGCACUGUGCACUAAAUUAGAACAGUAGAGUGAAGACUUAUUUCUUAGUUCUAGUAAAGCGACGUGCUCUCCCUCCAGAAAUAACAACAACAACAACAACAACAAAGCUAUUACAGCCAAGUCUUAUUCAAUAUUAAUUUCUCCAGUCACUCAUUUUUCACUCUGGCCUUAAUUAGCCCGUAGUUUUAGAUGUGUUCUUUUUUUUUUUUCUUUCUUCCAUGUGAUUGUUUUCAGACCUCCAUGCCCUUGAAGUGGAGCUGUGGAUCCACUGUUUUUGCACUAGACUUAACACCCUUAACACAAGAGUUCAGAUUGUCACUGGGCGAGAACCUCUCGUUUUCCACUUUCCACCAACAUUUCAGACUCGCAUGUGUUUCAGGCUCCAGUAGCAGCACCUCGUGCCUCGAUUGAAAGGUUCCCCCUAAAACCUGGGGUGGCUUUCCACCGCCUGCGUGUGUUCUGAACACCAAACAACACAACUAUAACAAUAACAAUAAUAAUAAUUAUAAUAAUAAUCGAUCUGUGAAACAGAAACGACUCCUCUCAGGCUAUACCUUCAUGGGGUUUUACAUCAUGUGAUGUUCUGUCGGGUGAUCUCGUAUUGUCUGUUUUUUUUUUAAAAUUCCGUGUAACCACCACUGUCUCAUCAGACAGACAGACAGACAGACAGACAGUCUCUGAAAUUAAUCAAAAGUGAAAAAAAAGGCUGUAAUUAUUGUUGAAAUAUGAAUAUGUUUUAAGACACUGUUGAAGAUGCUGUUUGUUUCCGUGUGUUUUUCAUUGCUGAACCCAGGCCAAUGUUUGGACCCAAGGAGCAGUACAUAUCAGGGGUCUGUAAUUACGCGCGCUCCUUACAAUGUGUCAAGUUUAUCACUGCAUAAUUAGGGUUUCCUCUCAUUUUCUUAAAGAUAUCUCAGGGACAGACUUUGUGGGCUACUGGUAACCUUGAGAAUCUGUUACAUGGUGAGAAGGCGAGCAGUGUUUUUCGUGCAUUUAUUUAUGACCGAACCACCCGAGGUUUUUCCAUCCGCUCGUGUUUUUUUUCUCGUUUUUUUUCUUUCUUCUUUUCACUUUUAACAUUUCCUAUUGAAUUAUUUCUCUGCACACACACAUAAAGGGUACAGUCUGACUGAGGAGCGUGAGGCUGGCGGUGACAGGGGGGGCUACUGAGCGUGUAGAAAACAGGUGUGUGAGGUGCACUGAAUGUGGUUGUGGUUAUAGUUUCCUGCGGAUCCUGAACGCUGAGCCAGUCCCUGUAGUGCCCCUUCUCACCACUGGUUCUUGUCUUCCUCAUUGUGCUGCUCCUUCAUUACAUGGGUAUUGUUCAUUGGCUCAUUUAAGUUGUAAUUUAUUUUUUUUCCCCUUUCUUAUUUAUUGUUUGUAUAUUUGCCUUUUUUUUUUUCUUUCUACCAUAUACACUCGUGUGUGCAAUUACUUUUAUUUUUUUCCUUAGUUUUUUGGUUUCCUGACAUGUGAUAUAAACAAAGACUGCGUAUAAAAACGGGACACUAUCUUCGAGUUGCGAGUUUUACCUUCAGUUGGGCACCUGUUGCACAAUGCCAGCUGUCAAUCAUACGGUGUCCACUCACAUCUAAUCAAUUUUCCCGUGAACUUAGAAAAUUGACAUCAUAUUCUACUAGAACAGACCCGCAACUAGUGAUUAAGACUGUUAUUAUCUCAGGAAAAUGUUCUCUGAUGUUGAUUUUCCAUUGAAAUUGAGUUAUUUUUGCAACUAAGUGCUACUUCAGUCAUACUUCCUUUCGCUUAUCAAACUUGAAGAUUUUGUCCCUUUUUUAUAAACAGUCUAUGCAUAUGAACCAGAGUCUAUAUUUUUUUACGAGUAUUACUCAUCCCCUUGUAGGUUUGUAGUUUGGGCUCUGUUGCCCUUUAAGCCUGCAGGGAAGUGGGGCUCUAAUACUCUUAAAAAAAAAAAGAGAUUGUGGGUGUAGUGUUUCACUUAAUUGUUAUGAUUUUCCAGGGACAGACCCAUCCAGUUUUUCAUUAUCUCCCAUGCCCCCCCCCCGUCCACUUCCAUCUGUCAUCAUGAUCAGAUUCACAGUAUGUCAUUUUCAAAAUAAAUUCUGUGACCUUUUCCCCUUAUAAAUAAUCAGUCUUGGGGAUCUCCCGCUCCCCUCUGUUAACGACACGGAUGCCUUCAUUAUUCCUCUCACGUCGCGGGGAGCGGGUGUUGUUGGUCAAUGUGUUACUAUGAUCUCGAUCAUUGUGUUGUAAUCAACAUGCACUGGAAAGUACUUUGUGUCUGUAGAGAUCCCGCCGGGGUCCCUUAUCUGUGUCACGUGUUUGUGUAUAGUAUACGCUCUGGAUUUUUUUUUUUUUUACUUUUCUUGGGCUUAUCUUUGCCAUGUGUCAGUUGUCUUUAUGUGCGUUGACCAAGUGGGCACUGGAACGAUGGUCUGUUUUGUUUGAUCAUUUUGGAAAGGGAUACAAGCCACCACGGUGCCCUGUAUUAGCUUUGUUGGAGUGAGGUUCCCAAACUGUACUCCUCACAUUAUACUGUAUGUGAGUACCGGGGGAUCCCUAGAGUGGGAUGUGUAUUUUAUGGAAACCGCAGUGUCUUGAAUUUUUGUAGUCCACUUUAUAUAAAUUUGAAGUUUUUUGAGGAAGGUUUUUGAUUAUUAUUUUUUUUUUUUUUAACAUUUCUUCAUGGUCUUUUUUUAAAAAAACAAACUUUUUUAAAAUGUAUUUUCUUAAGAAAAAGGGUUCUGCUUUUAUAAGGAUGCUUGUAAACAGUUUUUUUGUUGUUUUUUGUUUUUAAAUAGAAGUGGGAUCCUUAUGAAGUCCAUGAGUUCAAGGGCAUUUUUCUUUUAUAUACAGUAUAUGAAUAAAAAUGAACUUGGAACAUUCCUUGCACAUCUCAUCAUGGUGUAUAAACCAAGCCAAGCAAACCAAAACAUGUCAUGGAUUUGGCUCGUGAUCCAAUAAUAGUAUCUAUGAAAUAUCUGCCCUUUACAAAAAAAAACAGAUUUAAGUGUAAAUGUAUUUCUAAAACCCUGGAAUAUGCCUUUAACUGCUCAGUUUCAGCAAAGUCUUGAUUAUCACACACUCUCUGUAUACCAAGAAAUGAGACCCAGCGAAAAUGUAGCAUUUUUGUAAACAUUGACUGUGUGUUGUCGAGACUCUACUGUGCACUCGUUUUUUUUUUUGUUUGUUGUUGUUUAUAUAUAUUUUGGUUGUUGAUAUAUUAUGGAAGUAAAGACAAUUUGUUAUGUAGUGCAAUAUGCUGUACAUAUGGAGCUUUGCUCUACAAAUCUUUUUUUUUUUCUGGAUUUCUUGUUGUUUAUUGGUACUUUUUUUCAAUAAAAUUUUAUUGAAGGUUACGAAAAAUGAGUCGAGCUCGUGU